UGGCGUACCGAGCGAAACUAACAACACCACAAAAUAACGUGAACUGGAACGUGAGUACUAUGAACUGGUGCACAAACUUGGGUGUCACUGCCCAGUCCCAAGAAGGGAAAGUGUAAUUUGGAAAUCGGACGAAAGGACGGCAAUCGUUGCUUCCGCGCACUUUCACAAAGUCUAACUACAGGGCCAGCGCGUGGAGGGGCUGGCGGGAACGCGCACGCCGGCACAUGGGAACGCGGUGGUCCCGGAGUGACAGCACCCUCCUGCCCCUCCCGGAGACCGAGGGCAGGGGGCGGCAGGGGGAUGAGCAGAGGGACGACGACUCGCUGGACGGCCGGGACAGGCAGGAGGACAUCGCGCAGUUUCCUUACGUGGAGUUCACCGGCCGGGACAGCAUCACCUGCCCCACUUGUCAGGGCACCGGCCGCAUCCCGUCGGGUCAGGUGAAUGAGCUGGUCGCACUAAUACCCUACAGUGACCAGAGGCUGCAGCCCCAGAGAACGAAGCUGUAUGUGGUCCUGUCGGUGGUGCUUUGCCUCCUGGCGUCCUCGCUGGUGGCUUUCUUCAUGUUCCCGCGCUCCGUGCUGGUGGAGGAUGACGGGAUACGCACGGUCACUGUUCGCUUCGACCGCAAUAACAGCAAGGUCCUCAUCAACAUGACGAGCACCCUGAACGUGAGCAACCCCAACUUCUUCACGGCGAUGGUGGACAGCGUGAGCUGCCAGGUGCUCUACAUGAAGACCGUCAUCGGCACCCAGCAGCUGGACAACGUGAUCAGCAUCCAGCCCCUGAGUCAGAGACAGAUGAACUUCACAGUCAGUGUGGAGAUCAGUGGAAGCCUGUCCUAUGUUUAUGCGUUUUGUACCAUGGCGAGCAUCAAAGUCCACAACAUCGUGGUGUUUAUGCAGACCUCGGUGAAAACGUCGUACAUGGUGCGCACGGCGCAGAACACUCUGGAGGCGUACCGCUACAUCGACUGCGGGGCCAACUCCACGGUCCACCAGCCCAGGCUGCUCUGACCUCCGACCCCAGGGCCGCGCCACCCGCAGAGCCAGCAAAGCACUAUGGGAGGACAGGGACCACUCCGUACGACGGGCAGGGGAACGCGCGUCACAGACCGGGGAGGACAGAUUUUGGGGGGGGUGGGGGGAGAGACUGAAAGCGCUCCAGUUCAACUUCUGUUUCUGCUCUGAUUCAUUUAGGAUUCUGCCCUUCUAGAGAGGGGUAAGAAACAGCACAAUCUGCUGUAGAUAGUUUUUGCUGCUGUUUUUUAGUUUUGCUGUAAUUGGGAGCAGAGCCUUCUGCCCUCCCUACCCUCCCCAUCACUUGCGGAAUUCAAGCAUGCUAAAAUGCCCUCCUCUAUUUGAGUUUUCUUCUGCUGAUUGCCAGACCGCAGUCUUGGUGGUUACUGAUGAGUUGUGCAUGUAGCUGCCCCAGGCAUUUGGUUUGUAAGCUCUUGAUAGUUUUUUUUCCCUCCAGGGGAAGUUGUGUCAUUCUAGAAAGGAGAAGUUCUUUUUAGUUUGAAGUGUGGAUGGUGGGGAUUAUGAAAGGGACUUGGAAAAAGUACAUAGAUGCGCACCUUAUUUCACAUGGUACUGUUUUGAUUUUUCUUUUUUUGGGUAAGUUAGCAGUGCUGCUGUGUUUUUUUUCUUGAAAUGCGUACAAUACAGUGGCUGGUUUUAAUGUAAAGAGGGACAAGACUGAUGCCCACAGAAGGACGCAGUGUGGUUUUGGGCUGUGUUUGGGGAACUCUGAUUGGCUCAAUUCAAGUGACACUUUGUCGGUCUCCAGCAAAUAAAUACAGUUCUGUAGAACGCCAGUUCAUGCUUCUUGGUUUAGAGUACUUGAUCAAGUUAGUGUCAUAUUGGGAUAGGAUUUGAGGAAAGGGUCACUUGUUUCUACUUUUCAUACUUUUCUGCUUUCUCCUUUAUGCCUGGCUCCCCUUACCACUCCCAGGACCACACUCCGAGAUGCUUACUUGUUUGUUUGAAACACUGGACUCAAUAUCGGAUACUUCAGCAAUAAGAGCACCAGGGCCUCUGUUCAAUACAACCGUAAUGCUUUUUUUGGCCGAACUUUGAAUACUAAAUAUAAGCAGAUCUCACAUUGCAGAUGUCAGGUAAUGAGCAGUAGUUGAUAUUAAUGUAACAAAAAGCAAAAGAUGUAACAAAAUUCAUUUGUCUUAUAAACAUAAGACCUGAGCACAUAACGGUUAAAUUGAAUGGAGCUGGCAGGUUUCCUGUCACUGAUGAAUUUUGCAUUGAAGCAGCCUACAUUUAAAAAGUAUGUUAAAAUAUGAAAUAUAAAAAAUAAGGGAUGUGUUUUACAUGUCAAAUGUGCCAUACCCGUGAAGUAUAUAAAUGGACAAAAUGCACGUAUAUAUUUUUAUGCAUAUGCUGCAAAAUUUUACACUGUGUAGUUGAAGUAUGCGACAGUGUGCACAUAUGAUUGCACAAUUAAAUGCGGUAAUUAAUAUAUUGAAACAAUAUUUUCACAAGUAUUACAAAGCAGAAAUGCAAAAACCAAAAUUUUUUCCUAAUCAUUCCUUAUUUUUAUUUCAUAUUUUAAUGUAUAAUGUAUAUUUGUGAAGGAAAACAGUUUCUAGGUCCCUGUGUAGUCAAAAAUAAAAUCUCUUACAAGAGAGAGAUAUGCAACUUUGACUGACACUACUGUUGUAUCAGAGCUAUCAGUGUUUUCACCAGCAAAAACAUAUUUGUACCAGAUGCUACUUGUGCUUUCAGAGCAUCAGCCAAGCUUAUGUUGAAGGAAAAUCAUGAUCUGAAUUGAAGAAAUUCCAUCUUAAGCCUGUUUUCAGGCUGGCGGAAUGUCAGUUCAUAAUUCCAAGUAAUUGUCUAUGCUUUACCUCAUAAAAUAAGUGGCAUAAAGCUAAACGGAUAACUUUUAGUUGACACCUCAGUAUUCUGCGCUAGAUAACUCUGCGCUGGGACUUGAAUGAUCUAACAUUAUCGAGUGUUUAUGUGGAAUGCCGAGUUGGUUGUUGUUAUGUCUCACUCUCACACACACACACACACACACGCUGUUGGUUGCAGUGCGGUACACGUGUGUUGCUGUAGGGCCUGCGGCUUGCCUGUGAUUUCAGCUGGCACCGUUCUCAGCAGAAUGAUGGUGAUUGGCUGCAGCCUGCUUCCAGCCCCUCCCCCCCAACUCCUGCAGGCACUGUCAUUGAAGUGGCACCUUCAGGUCGUUUGGCAGAGAAGUGAAGAAGAGGUGCUAAGACUCAGUGCAGUUUCUUGUGUUUGUUGCAGUAAACUAACAAUGCAACAGAAAGGCAUGAACCAGGGGCAGGAGGGUCUUGGGACACUAGCCUUGAAAUACUAGGAGUUGAGACUGUUGUGUUGCUAUCAGAAAUUGAUCCUGAUCUUGAGUGUUAACUCAAGACAUAGGAAACACUGAUGUGCCCUGACAGGCAUUAUAUUGGGCAGCACCUGUGUCCUAAUCUCUAUUUGUUGCCUUUAGAUGUGGGUCUACUGUUCCAAGCCCAGCUCUUUUUUCGAUGUUCUUAUGACUGGAUUGAGUUUAAUUGAUGAAUGUUUUUACUCUAUUUAGUUUUCGGCUUGAUGUGGGCUCACAUAAAUGUUAAUUAUUUAAAGAUUAGGCCACUUCCUUCUCAUGCCUAACAGCCCACUUGAACGCACAGGACGCUUUGGGAAGGUGUGCUGAAUGUGAAGGAUCUUACUCUGUUUGGUCUGUUCUUUUCAUCUCAGAUGCUCCUGUAGCCUGGCAGAUAUGCUUGGCCUGAGCAGGAGUAAUUGUCACCUCUUAUUUAAGGGUGGUCAUUUCAUUGAUUAAAUCUAGAGAGCACCUGAUUGAAUCACUGAAGCCCAGCUGACCUGUGGUGAGCUCAGCAUUAUGUGGAAUGUGUAAACAGAUGGAUCCUUCUUUGCUUACGGUUUGUGUUGGUGUGUGAUACAGGGUUACAUGCUAAUCUGAUUAGGCUGCUGGUUGCCGGUGGUUGAGGAGCCCUUACUCAUUUUACUGGUGCCCAGUUCUGCUGUAAUUUUCCUUGACCUGGAAUCAAUGCAGUCUUUGUCCAUCUCAUUGAGUAACCUUAAAACCAGUGUAAGAUUUUAUUUUUUGCUUCUCAAACAACAGAAGGCCACUAAAGUGUGGUAGAAGAUGAAUUUGUUGUUUGGUCGAUAUUUCAGUCUGAAGUGUUUCCUUCCACCCGAAACAUCCCGCUGACGCAGAAUGGGUUCCAACUGUCGUUGUGGGGCUGUGGGGGCGAGCUUGGCUCCCACGUAGCUUCACGUCAUUCUCAACAGCCAAGGCACACCGCACAGCAUGUCAACUCUCAGGUCCUGACCUGAACGCACCAGUAACGCCGUCCCUCAGAAGGACGGGAGGUUUUUUUCUUCCAGAGCUGACUCAUUUGUUCAAGGUCCAUGCAUUUCAGCCAUGGGCAUAUCUACCUGUGCCACCUGUUGUUUUUCUUUAAAAGUAACAAAAUAAAAGUGUUUUUUUGGUCACUUGUCUUUUUCCAUUGUUGUAUGUCUUCCAUCACUGCAAUAAAUUGU